AUGGCCGACGAUGAUGUGAGCGUCGAAGAAUACAGCUAUGAAGAUGAAGACGAAGAGGAGUGGUCAUAUUAUGAAGAGACAGAAGAGGAAGAGGAGGAGCCCCAGCUUCAAGCGGCAUUUCCAAAACCAAAAGAUGAUAAGAAAGAUGAUAAGAAAGAUGAUAAGAAAGACGAGAAAAAGGAGGAGAAAAAGCCUGAUGAGCCGGCAACUUCGGCUACUUUUAGUUUGCCAAAGUUGAAAGCCGAGCCACCUCCAAAGAAACCCGAAUCUGACGAGGAAAGCUAUGAUGAGGAUGAGGAUGAGGAGUGGUCUGAUGAGGAAUGGUCCGAGUACAGUGAUGAGGAAUCGGAGAUGGAAGUGGAACCAGUCGGUGACACGGGAAAACUCGAUGAGAAGAAAUUCCCGAAGUUGAAAACAGAAGAACCAGAAAUUGCUCAAAAGAAAGAUGAGCCAAAGAAAGAUGAGCCAAAGAAAGAUGAGCCAAAGAAACCCGUUCCAAAACUGAAACAACAAGAUUCUGAGCCUGAAGUGGAGGCAGCUUUCGCAUUGCCGAAAAAGGUUGAUGAAAAGAAGCCAAAGUUGAAGAUUGAUGAAGAACCGGAGAGCUCAUUCACUUUACCAAUUGGCAAAAAGCCUCCAAUAAAACGACAUGCGACUGAGGAAGAGGAGUUGCCUUGUGAAGAAAUUGGAGAACCACAAAAGAAGAAAGAUCCAAAGAUUUCUCUGAAAGAAGUGCCGAAAAAAGCGGAACCAACUUUGAAAAGAAAAUCGGAAGAAGAGAAAGAAACACCACCUACAAAAAAAGCUGAAGUGGACAAGCCAGUGGUCAAGCCAGUGGAUAAGCCAGUGAACAAGCCAGUGGACAAGCCAGUGGACAAGCCAGUGGACAAGCCAGUGGACAAGCCAGUGGACAAGCCAGUGGACAAAAAAGUUGAGCCAGCUAAGAAACCUGGAGUUACAGCUGGAAAAAGACCGGCCAUUGAUGACGAGGUACCAUGUGAAGAGAUUGGGAAACCAGCUGCAAAAAAAGACCCAAAGAUUGCUUUCAAAGAGCCGGAAAAGCCUCCAGCUAAACCAGCUGAUGCAAAGAAACUGGAGACGAAAAAACCUGAACCUUUGAAGAUCCCUGAUAAAGUUUCCACAAAACCAAAAGAGCCUGCAAAAGCUGAAGAAGCACCGAAAAGUCCUCCAAUGGUAUUUUAUGGAGAAAGCUUUACUUUGGCUGAACCAAAGAAGCCUGCUGCAAAGCCGGAUCCUAAAAAGGAACCAGUAAAGGAUAAAAAAGAGCCACUAAAGCCUCCAGCUAAGUCAGCUCCAGCUCCUGGUGAUAAAGAGUUGCCUGCUGAACAAGUGGGGAGACCAGAUCCAAAGAAAGAUCCUAAAAUUUCUUUCAAAGAACCAGAGAAGCCGAAAGAGGCUGUAAAACCAACUGCUACAAAGCCUACUUCAACCAAACCUGUUGGAAAACCGCCUGGUUUUGAUGAAGAGUUGCCGUGCGAAGAGCUUGGCGGGCCGACUCCAAAGAAAGAUCCUAAACUGAGUUUUAAAGAUCCAGUCAAGCCGACAACAACACCUGCAUCUGAUCCAAAAGCUGAUACUCUUGCUACAAAACCUGGAGAUAAGCCAAAGAGUAUUACACCGGUUAAGCUAGCUACACCGGCACAGAAAACACCUUUGAAACCUGGUGAAGAUGAGGAGUUACCAUCUGAAGAUUUAGGUGGGCCUUCUGCUAAGAAAGAUCCAAAGAUCAAUUUUAAAGAACUAGUCAAACCAGUGGAUCUAAAGAAACCAGCUUCUAAGCCAGUUGAGCCAGCUUCUAAGCCUUUAACACCAGCAAAGCCUGCUACAAAAGCUUUGGAGCCAACUUCUGCAAAGCCUGGAGAGCCAGCGAAAGUUAAACCUUUACUCAAGAAACCUGAUGAUGACGAAGAGUUGCCAUGUGAAGAUCUUGGAGCGCCAGCACUUGCAAAGAAGCCAACUCCGACUUUCAAAACACCACAAAAGACUGAACCAGUCAAGAAAUCGGAUGAACCGUUAGCUAAACCAACAGCGGCUAAACCUAUUCCAAAACUGAAGUUGCCAGGUGAUGAGCCGGAAGCCGAUGCUACUCUUCCUUUGGCUAAAAAGCCUGCUCUUGUCACCAAGAAACCUGGUGAUUCUGAGGCUCCUGCUGACUUUCUUGGAGGACCAGCAAAGAAACCGGCACCUACUCCAAAGUUUAAGGAACCAACCGAAGAACCGAAGAAACCAACAACUACACCAGCUGCCAAACCAGCAACGACUCCCGUCAAACCGGCUGCUGCUACCACACCGGCAAAACCGGUCACUCCAUCAAAACCAAGUGAUGGUGAAGCUCCAGCUGCACCCAAGAAACCUGCAGCUGUACCCAAGUUGAAAGAACCAAUUGAUGAGCCUGCUAAGUCAGCCAAGAAACCGGAUGAACCACCACUCACUGCAAAAGCUGAGGAUAAACCAAUUGGAAAGAAACCUACCGAACCUGCUAAGCCAACCACAACCCCAGCUAAGCCAGUCGAACCAGUGAAACCUGCCCCAAAGCCAACAGCUGCUAAACCAAUUCCAAAGUUGGCUAAAGAAGAACCGGAAGCGGAUGCGGUUCUACCACUUCCAAAGAAAGCGCCCGUCAAACCUGGGGAUAGUGAAAGUCCAGCCGAUUUCCUUGGCGGACCUACUCCGAAGAAACCAGAGCCUAAAUUUAAAACACCAACCAGUGAACCAAAAAAACCUGAAGAGACAGCUGUACCUGCGAAACCAACAGCAGUCCCAACACCAACCAAACCGACAACAACAACUCCAGCAAAGCCUGCACCAGUCAAGCCAGCUACUGCUCCAGCAAAGCCCACUGAUGCUCCAAAGCCGACAACACCUGCAAAACCAGCUGCCGCUCCUGCAAAGCCAUUAAAAUUAAAGCCUACUUCCGAUGAUGAGGAACCCGCUGAAGAGGUUUCUCUUCCAUUGCCAAAGAAACCAGUUGCUCCAGUGACCAAGGCUCCCGCUAAACCAACAACAGCUCCAAAGAAGCCUGGCGAUUCUGAGGAUCCGGCUGAUUUGUUGGGAGGACCAGAUAAAAAGAAGCCUAUUCCGAAAUUCAAAGAGCCUACUGAUGAGCCAAAAUCAACUACUCCAGCAAAACCGACCACAACCCCUGCUCCGGCUAAACCAGCAGCUACUCCUGUUACACCGGCUGCAACAGCCCCCGCAAAGCCAGCUGCAACAACUCCUGCAAAGCCAGCUGAAAAAGCGCCACUUAAACCUAUACCGACUUCAGAUGAUGAAGAGCCAGCUGAAGAAGUGUCUCUACCGUUGCCAAAAAAGCCAGUGGCCAAAGCACCAGUCAAGCCAAUUACUGCACCGAAAAAGCCAGGAGACACAGAUGAUCCGGCUGAUUUGUUGGGGGGGCCAGAGAAAAAGAAGCCGGUACCUAAGUUUAAAGAUCCCACAGAUGAAGAACCGAAAAAGCCUGCAGAGGCUAAGCCAACUACACCAGCUAAACCAGCUGCCACACCGGCUAAACCAGCUGCUGCGCCUGUUAAACCAGCAACUACCCCAGCAAAGCCAGCUACAAAAGCGCCACUUAAACCCAUACCAACUUCUGAUGAUGAGGAACCGGCUGAAGAGAUUUCUCUUCCAUUGCCGAAGAAACCAGUUGCUCCAGUGACCAAGGCUCCCACUAAACCAAUAACAGCUCCAAAAAAGCCUGAAGAUUCUGAAGAUCCGGCUGAUUUGUUAGGUGGACCAGAUAAAAAGAAGCCUGUUCCGAAAUUCAAAGAACCUACUGAUGAGCCAAAAUCAACUACUCCAGCAAAACCAACAACAACUCCAGCUCCGGCUAAACCAGCAGCUACUCCUGUUAAACCACCUGCAACAACUCCAGCAAAACCAGCUACAAAAGCGCCACUUAAACCCAUACCAACUUCUGAUGAUGAAGAACCGGCUGAAGAGAUUUCUCUUCCAUUACCAAAGAAACCGGUUGCCCCUGUAACUAAAGAACCAGCUAAGCCAACAACACCAGCCAAACCGGCAACUACUCCAGCAACGAAAGUACCUACCACUCCUGCUAAACCGGCAGCGACUCCAGCUCUAGCUCCACCAGCUAAACCGGCGGCUGCACCAGCUAAACCAACAACCCCGGCAGCUAAACCUCCGCUAAAACUAAAACCGACUUCUGAUGAUGAGGAACCGGCUGAAGAGAUUUCUCUUCCAUUGCCGAAGAAACCAGUUGCUCCAGUGACCAAGGCUCCCGCUAAACCAACAACAGCUCCAAAAAAGCCUGGCGAUUCGGAAGAUCCGGCUGAUUUGUUGGGAGGACCAGAUAAAAAGAAGCCUGUUCCGAAAUUCAAAGAGCCUACUGAUGAGCCCAAAAAACCAGAUGAGGCUAAGCCAACAACUCCAGCUAAACCUACAACAACCCCGACUAAACCAGCAGCCGCUCCCACCAAACCAACAGCACCAGCAAAACCAGCGGCAAAAGCUCCGCUCAAGCCGAUUCCUACCUCUGACGAUGAAGAACCGGCAGAAGAGAUUUCGAUUCCACUACCGAAGAAACCUGUGGCUCCAGUCACUAAAGAACCCGCAAAACCUAUAGCACCAGCUAAACCUACAACUGCUCCAGCUAAGCCGACUACUCCUGUCAAACCUACAACUGCUCCAACCCCUGCUAAGCCAUCUGCUGCUCCGGCCAAGCCAACUGAUGCGCCAAAGACGACAACCCCUGCAAAACCAGUCGCUGCUCUAGUGAAACCAGCUACAGAACCGGCAAAACCAGUAGCAAAGCCUCCACCGAAACUCAAACCAACUUCUGAUGAUGAAGAGCCAGCUGAAGAAGUGUCUCUACCGUUGCCAAAAAAGCCAGUGGCCAAAGCACCAGUCAAGCCAAUUGCUGCACCGAAAAAGCCAGGAGACACGGAAGAUCCGGCUGAUUUGUUGGGAGGGCCAGAGAAAAAGAAGCCGGUACCUAAGUUUAAAGAUCCCAAAGAUGAAGAACCGAAAAAGCCUGCAGAGGCUAAACCAACUACGCCAGCUAAACCAGCUGCCACACCGGUUAAACCAGCUGCCACACCUGCUAAGCCAGUUGCUGCGCCUGUUAAACCAGCAACAACCCCAGCAAAGCCAGCUGCAAAAGCGCCACUUAAACCCAUACCAACUUCUGAUGAUGAAGAACCGGCUGAGGAGGUGUCUAUUCCGCUACCAAAGAAACCUGUGGCUCCAGUCACUAAAGAACCGGCAAAACCAACAACACCAGCUAAACUAGCAACCACUCCAGCAAAACCUGCACCAGCCAAGCCAGCUGCUACUCCAGCAAAGCCCACUGAUGCUCCAAAACCGACAACACCUGCAAAACCAGUCGCCGCUCCUGUCAAGCCUGCUGCCAAGCCAUCCCCAAAAGUCAAACCGACUUCAGACGAUGAGGAACCGGCUGAAGAGGUGUCAAUCCCAUUGCCAAAGAAACCUAUUGCACCAGUUACUAAAGCUCCAACAACACCUGCAAAACCUGCAACAGCUCCAGCGAAACCCGCUGCUAAACCGGCACCAAAGCUAAAACCUGAGGAUGAACCUGAAACUGAUGCUACAGUUCCUUUGCCUAAAAAGUCAGAGCCCAAAAAGGCGCCAGCACCUGUAAAACCAGUUGCCAAACCUUCACCAAAAGUAAAACCAACCUCAGAUGAUGAAGAGCCCGCAGAAGAAGUCAGUGUUCCGUUACCAAAGAAACCGGUAGCACCUGUGACAAAGGCUCCGACUAAACCAGCUGCAGCGCCGGCUAAACCAGCUGCAGCUCCGGCUAAACCAGCUGCAGCGCCGGCUAAACCAGCUGCAGCUCCGGCUAAACCUGUCGCCAAGCCUGUCCCAAAGCUGAAACCUGAAGAUGAAGAACCAGAUACUGAUGCAACGGUUCCAUUACCAAAGAAACCAGCAACACCGGCUAAGGCUCCAGCCAAACCUGCUGCUAAGCCACCUCCUAAAGUUAAACCUGAAGAUGAAGAACCAGCUGACGAGGUAACGAUGCCAUUGCCGAAAAAGCCAGCCACACCAGCUACAAAAACUCCGGCUAAACCAACCACACCAGCCAAGCCAGCUGUCAAAGCACCUCCAAAAGUUAAGCCGGACGAUGAAGAACCCGAGGAAGAGGCUACUUUACCGUUACCUAAGAAGCCAGCUGCUAAAUCCCCAGCCAAGCCAACAACACCUGCUAAACCGGCUGCUAAAGCACCUCCAAAAGUCAAGCCAACUCCUGAUGAUGAACCAGAAGCUGAUGCCACUCUACCAGCUCCCAAAAAACCAACUCCAGCAAAGGCGCCGGCAAAAGCUCCGGCUAAACCAGCUCCAAAAACACCGCUCAAGGUUAAACCGGAGCCAGAUGAGGAAGAGCCUGAAGCUGAUGCUACGCUACCUCUACCAAAGAAAGCGGCACCGAAAAAACCAAAGGAUAGUGAUGAUCCGGCUGAUCUUCUCAACGCUCCGACAAAGAAGAAACCGACACCAAAAUUCAAACCAACCGAUGAUGAGCCAGAGACUGAUGCUACGCUUCCUCUAAAAGGGAAACCGAAGCCAAAACCGAAACCAAGAGAUGAAGAUGAAGAGGAGCCAGAAGACGAGGAGGAACCGGAGGAUGAGGAUGAAGAGGAGCCAGUUGAACCUGAAGAUGGUGAAGAGGAACCAGAGGAGCCUGAAGAGCCUGAGGAAAAACCAAAAAAGAAAAAGAAGAAGCCAAAGGAGAAAAAGCCCAAAGAGCCAAAACCGAAAAAAGAAAAGAAACCAAAGGAACCAAAGAAAUUGAAAUGGUGUCCACCACCGAAAGCUCCACUAGAAGCUAUCCCAUUGAGCACCGAACCACCGGAAAAAACGAUUGUCGAGAAGAAUAAGGAACCCGAUGCAGAACGACCAACAAAGAGAUAUUUGAAGAGACCAAAACAUACACCAGUAAACAUUCCAUUCGUGAUUCCAUGGGAACAAACACCAGCCAAAGAAACACAAGCUGGAAUGGGCGCUUUCGGACAUCCACGACCAGAGAAUGCUAAAGUCGAUCAUGGAGCAAAGCCACUUGUACAAGGUCCACUAAACACCGAAACGGUGUUGCCGAUGUGGAACGAUGAGACAAAGUGUGCGAAUAGGAAAGGGGAUAAACCGUUUGGCUCAACUCGUGGAAAUGUUGAUGACAUUGUGGACAAUCACAAGUAUCAAACGAGUCCGGAGAAGUUGAAACUCACCGAAACGGUAAUCCCAUAUGUGAAUCGGGGAAUUAACGUAAAGGAUUUGCCAAAAUAUGGAAAUCUCCGGAUACAGACCGGUAAGGACAUCAAUUGGGGUCCGUUGACACCAGGAAUGGACAAGAAAUCGAAUGGUUUCAUUUCAAAGCAAUUCAAGUCAAACGCUUCAUUGAAAGCGGGAAGCAACGUGAUCGAUCGCAGGAGAAAUGGGGCAACUUACAUGGAAUGCGACAGAGAAAGCGAGAAUAUCAUCCCGAUUCUCUUCGAUAAUAUGGCAUGUGAACAAAAGGAAGGCAGUGAUUUUGGAGCUUUCCGUCCUCUGGUCAGUGUGGCCACCGGUGGAUGGCCGAUGACGUUUGAUGAGGAGAGAAAAUGUCGAAUGGCUGUGCCUUUCCAGAGUGCCGGCUACAUUCCAAUUCCGAAAAUCAAGAAAGUUGCGCCGAAGAAAUUGACGAAACCGAAGUUGAAGCCCAGGACAGCCGUUCCAGUGAAAGUGGCUCCAAAAAAGACGACGGCAAAGAAAAAGUUG